AUGUCACCGAAAAUCACAAACCAGUUGGUUCUGGGAGAGGUCACGGCAACCGAUGCUGACUCUGCUAUCUACUCACCUAUCCGGUACAGUAUUCAUGGAGAGGGCGCAGAGCUGUUUGCGAUUUCGGAAGAAGGCGAGUUCCGAUCCUUGGUGCCCAUCGAUCGGGAAGAGCAUGACAAAUUUGAGCUCACAGUGAGAGCCACCGAUGCAGGAGGGAAGUCAACGGAUUGUCCAGGGAAAGUUGUUGUUCGAGACAUCAACGACAACACUCCAACUUUCGAACAUUCCGAAUAUCUGAUUGAAAUUGAAGAGGAAAAAACAUUGAAGCAAAAGCUCGAGGCAUCCGACCCUGAUAUUGGUGAGAACGGUGAGAUUGUCUAUACUCUGGAGAACGUGCCUCAAGGCUUAGCCGUGGAGGCAUCUGCUGGAAUUCUGUUCAUUGGCAAGCUCGAUCGUGACACCAUGGACAGUGAUUCAGUUCGAUUCGUGCUUCGUGCAACUGAUCGUGGACAUCCACCACGGACAUCUGUCACCAAUGUCACCAUCAACGUGAAGGACAUUAACGAUAACUGGCCUUCAUUCACUAACUCACGCUAUUCCUUGGUAUUGGACGCGAAUAUCAGUCCAGGCGGGGUGAUCGGAGCGGUUCAGGCCGAUGACGCUGACGCUACCGCGCCAAACAAUGCCAUAGUGUACGUCUCUGAAGACCCACGUUUUAGGAUUUCUGACAGUGGCGAGGUGAUCUAUGCGGGCGAAGGUGUUUUGAGUAAGGACAUCUCUGCCGAAUUCCGCGUAUUUGCUGUGGAUGGCGGCGAGCCACCACGGAACAGCUCGGCCACUGUUGUAAUCAACGAGCAUAAGUCUUCUAUGCAAAGCGAACAUACCGCGCAGAUAAUGUUCAACGAAACUUCAGAA